AUGUGGGGCACGGGCGUGGACGAGUCCAAGUUGUCCAAGUCGGACAGCCGCCAGCUGAACCAGUGGCACAAUGAAGUCCAGCCAAACACAGCCGGCACGCACGCACUUCACGAUGCUCCUGGUGAAACUGGGUCAAGUUCCGACGAGGCCCGGGAGGGAACAUGGGGCGAGCGCGAUGUAAUGGUGCCCGACGAGGGCCGGGCGAUGCAGGACUUUGAGAUUCUCAGAAGGGAGCUCACUGGCCUGUCAAGAUCACGAUCCAGAGCGAGCCAGGCGACCAGAGGCACGAAGAGGACAGCAUCUCGACCACGACCACCUCCGGCCGGAAAAGACGAUAUAGAAUCGCGGGCCGGAGACCCUGAAAAGGACGAAAAAGAGGACGAAGACUUCGAGCUGGAGGAGUUCAUGCGGGAAGGCCACUUCGAGAAGCGUAAAGAUGGAAGGUCUGCCAAGAAGGUCGGGGUUGUCUUCAAGAACCUUACCGUCAAGGGCGUCGGGGCGUCGGCCACCUUUGUCAAGACCUUACCACAAGCCGUUCUAGGCACCUUUGGCCCCGACCUCUAUCGGCUCAUCUCUCGAUUCAUCCCGGCUCUACAGAUCAAGUCCGGCGAGACGCGAACCCUCAUCAAUGACUUCACCGGCGUGGUGAGGGACGGUGAGAUGAUGUUGGUGCUUGGAAGGCCGGGGUCCGGAUGCUCGACGUUUCUGAAGGCCAUUGCAAACAACCGGGACUCGUACGCAUCCGUCACAGGAGACGUGUCGUACGGCGGUAUCUCAGCCUCCAAGCAGAAGAAAAAUUUCCGCGGCGAAGUGAACUACAACAUGGAGGAUGACGUGCAUUUUGCAAACCUGAACGUGUGGCAGACGUUCGUGUUUGCUCUGUACACAAAGACGAAAAAGAAGGCAAGAGACGAGAUACCGAUCAUUGCAGAGGCACUGAUGAAGGUAUUCGGCAUCAGCCACACGAAGCACACUCUGGUCGGAGACGAGUAUGUCAGGGGCGUGUCCGGGGGUGAGAGAAAGCGUGUGUCGAUUGCAGAGACACUUGCCUCCAAGUCUACGGUGGUGUGCUGGGACAACUCCACCCGCGGACUGGAUGCAUCCACUGCAUUGGAUUACGCCAAGUCUCUGAGAAUCAUGACUGAUAUCAGCAACCGCACGACACUGGUCACCCUGUACCAAGCCGGAGAGGGCAUCUUCGAGCUGAUGGACAAGGUCCUGGUCAUCGAUGCAGGGCGCUGCAUCUACCAAGGCCCAGCAAGCGAGGCACGGCAAUACUUCACCGACCUUGGCUUCAAGGCUCCAGACCGCCAGACGACUGCCGAUUUCCUGACAGCCGUCUCCGACCCGAACGAGCGUCAAUUCCGUGAAGGGUGCGAGGCCAGCACGCCAAAGACACCGGAAGAGCUCGAGAGGGCCUUCAAGGAGUCACGUUUCUACAAGCUGGUGGAAGAGAACAUCCGGUCUUACGAGGCUUACCUCCAGGAGACCAACCACACCGAUGCGCGGGAGUUCGAACAGGCCGUUCGUGAGGACAAGUCCAGGACCGUCACCAAAGAAUCUAGCUACACGGUUAGCUUUGUGCAGCAAGUCUUGGCCUGCACGAAGCGCGAGUUCUGGCUGCUCCUCGGAGACACAACCACGCUGUACACAAAGCUAUUCAUCAUCAUCAGCAACGGUCUUAUUGUUGGGUCCCUCUUCUACGGACAGCCUCUCACCACGGAAGGUGCCUUCUCUCGGGGUGGCUCCUUGUUCUUCUCCAUCCUGUUCCUGGGCUGGCUGCAAUUAAGCGAGCUGAUGAAGGCCGUCAGCGGCCGUGCUGUUGUGGCCCGUCACAAGGACUAUGCCUUCUACCGGCCUUCAGCCGUGAGCGUCGCCAGGAUCGUUGCCGAUUUCCCGGUUGUCCUCACACAAGUCUGCAUAUUUGCGAUCAUCAUGUAUUUCAUGAAUGGCCUGGAUGUCGUGGCUUCCAAGUUCUGGAUCUACCUUCUCUUCGUCUACACGACCACACUCUGCGUCACUGCGCUUUACCGAAUGUUCGCCAGCCUGUCCCCGACCAUAGACGACGCAGUUCGCUUCUCUGGAAUCGCACUCAACCUUCUCAUCAUCUACACCGGCUAUGUUAUCCCCCGAACCCAGCUCCUGUCGGACUACAUCUGGUUCGGCUGGCUCUACUGGGUCAACCCGAUCGCGUACAGCUUCGAGGCGGUCAUGGCGAACGAGUUCUCCGGUCGCAACAUGGAGUGCGCGCCAAAUCAGCUGGUGCCACAAGGUGCGGGCAUCGACCCUGCCUUCCAGGGCUGCAGCCUCAGCGGCGCCCAGGUCAACUCCAACUUGGUCAGCGGCGCGUCGUACCUUGAGACAACGUACAACUACACCCGGGCCGACCUCUGGCGCAACUUUGGAGUGAUUAUCGCAUUUGCCGUCCUGUACAUUCUCAUUACCAUCUUUGCCACCGAGGUCUUCUCGUUUGCUACCAGCGGGGGCGGCGCGAUAGUGUUCAAGAAGACAAAGAAGGCGAAGCAUGCUUUGCAGAAGCAAGAGAACGCGGCAGCAACAACUGAUGUGGAAAAGGGGCCGAGUGGAGGACCUGGCGAGCUUUCGAGAGAAAGCGGUAGCACCACUGCCACCAAGGAGAAUGAGGCGCUCGAGUCGAUCUCCAAGAGUGAGAGCAUCUUUACCUGGCAGGAUGUCGAAUACACGGUGCCCUAUCAAGGUGGCGAGCGCAAGCUCCUGAACAAGGUCAGCGGCUACGCCAAGCCAGGUCUCCUGAUUGCGCUCGUGGGAGCCUCGGGCGCUGGCAAGACCACGCUGUUGAACACGCUCGCUCAGCGUCAGCGCAUGGGAGUCGUCUCUGGGGACAUGCUGGUCGACGGCAGUGCUCUUGGCCUCGAGUUCCAACGUGGCACGGGGUUCUGUGAGCAGAUGGACCUUCAUGACGGAACAGCCACCAUCCGGGAAGCAUUGGAGUUCUCCGCCAUCCUCCGCCAGGACAGGAGCAUUCCCCGGCACGAGAAGCUUGCCUACGUCGACAAGAUCAUCGAUUUGCUGGAGCUCACAGAGAUGCAGGACGCCAUUGUCAGCAGCCUCGGUGUCGAGCAGAAGAAGCGACUGACCAUCGGCGUUGAGCUCGCCGCCAAGCCGCAGCUGCUCCUCUUCCUCGACGAGCCCACUUCCGGCCUCGACAGCCAGAGCGCAUGGAGUAUCGUGCGCUUCCUCAAGAAACUGUCCCAGGCUGGCCAGGCGAUUGUCUGCACGAUUCACCAGCCGUCUUCCCAGCUCAUCCAGCAGUUUGACAUGAUCCUGGCUCUUAACCCGGGCGGCAACACAUUCUACUUCGGACCAGUUGGCGAGAAUGGCAGCGCAGUGACCAAGUACUUUGCGGACCGCGGCGUGCACUGCCCACCAAACAAGAACGUGGCCGAGUUCAUCCUCGAGACGGCGGCCAAGAGGCCAAAGAGGGAGGACGGCACACGGAUCGACUGGAACGAGGAGUGGCGCGGGAGCCGGGAGGCCCAGGACGUGCUCUCCGAGAUCAACAGCCUGAAGCUCACCAGGAGCAAGUCGGCCGGCGCGCACAAGAAGAAGGAGGACGAGACCGAGUUCGCCGCGCCGGUGUGGGCGCAGACGACGAUGCUGACGAAGCGCUUGUUCACACAGUACUGGAGGGACCCGUCGUAUCUGUACGGAAAGCUGUUCGUGGCCGUAAUCAUCGGCAUCUUUAACGGUUUUACCUUUUACCAGCUGGGAAACACGGUGCAGGACAUGCAGAACCGAAUGUUCUCGGUGUUCCUCAUCAUCACGAUCCCGCCCACCAUUGUCAACACCGUCGUCCCCAAGUUCUUCCAGAACAUGGCCCUCUGGCAGGCCCGCGAGCACCCCUCGCGCAUCUACGGCUGGCUCGCCUUCACCACCGCGCAGGUCGUCGCCGAGGUCCCCAUCGCCAUAGUCUGCUCCGUCAUCUACUUCCUGCUGUGGUACUUCCCCGCGGGGCUCCCGACCGACCCCUCCACCGCGGGCUACGUCUUCCUCAUGACGAUGCUGUUCUGGCUCUUCAUGAGCAGCUGGGGCCAGUGGAUCUGCGCCUUCGCGCCCAGCUUCACCGUCAUCUCCAACGUGCUCCCCUUCUUCUUCGUCAUGGUCUCGCUCUUCAACGGCGUCGUGCGGCCCUACUCCAUGCUGCCCGUGUUCUGGCGCUACUGGAUGUACUACAUCAACCCCUCGACGUGGUGGAUCGGCGGCGUGCUGGCCGCGACGCUGCACGGCGCGCCCGUGGAGUGCGCGGCCUCCGAGACGGCCCGCUUCGACGUCCCCGCCGGCCAGACGUGCGACUCGUACGCCGGCGCCUUCGCCAACGCCGCGGGUGGCUACCUGCUGGACCCGGGCGCCACCGCGGGCUGCCAGUACUGCUCGCUGAGCAGCGGGGACCAGUACCUGGCCCAGCUGAACGUGGCGGCGGGGGACAAGUGGAGGGACUUUGGGAUCUUCUUGGCUUUUGUGAUUAGUAACUGGGCGUUGGUCUACUUUUUUAUUUAUACCGUGAGGAUCCGGGGCUGGAGCUUUGGAUUUGGGCGGUUGUUUGGCGUGCUUGGUAAGGGUGUUGAUGGGUUUAAGGGGUUGUUCCGGCGCAAGUCACAGAAUGAGCGGGCAUAG